UUAAUACUUACUAUUGUUUUAGGUUUCCGUUAUUAAUUGAGAUCUAAGUUUAUUUAGAAAUUUUCUGUUCUGAUAUCAUGGCAGCCAAUAGUGGUGGCGAUUCUGACAUGGACCAAACACCCAGUGUUGAGAGUCUAUCAGCAUAUGUGGUCAAACUUGUUCCAUUGCUACUGGAAGAUGCAGAAAGAGCUCCAUCCACAUUGUUGGGGAAACUGAAGGAAUGUGAGAGUUAUGAAACUAUGAGAAAGUUUCUAACAGACCCACAAGCACGAGCAUUGAUGAUUGAAAGGUUAUCUGUCAAGGAGGAUGAUGCAGAUAUCGAGGAAAUGGAAGCAAACUACAGUUUAUCAAUUGAUGUUCAUUACAGCAGUGGUAAAGCAUCGGGGUUGGCUUUGAUCAAGAGAGGGGUAAUGAUGGAGGGUGGGAAAAGUUUAUCCUCACAGUUGCAUGCGGUUACAUUAACUGAAGAUUCUCCGUAUGAAACACUACAUUCACUUGUCAGUUGUGCAUUUGCUCCUUUCUUUAAAUCCUACAUCAGGGAAAGUGGAAAGAUAGAUCGCGAGGGCGACAAAAUGGCUCCAUCUGUGGAAAAGAAGAUUGCUGAACUUGAGAUGGGUUUGCUUCACUUGCAACAAAACAUUGAUAUUCCCGAAAUCUCACUUGUGGUUCACCCUACUGUUAGUAACGCUGUGAAGAAAGCUAAAACAGAGGGGCGUCGUCCGUUGGUUCAAGACUUUGGGGAUAAAGUUGAUGAUUCGACUUACCUCAAUACGUUGCAAAAUGGUGUGAACAGGUGGAUACGUGAAAUACAGAAGGUUACAAAGUUGGAUCGCGACCCAUCAUCUGGAACAGCAAUGCAGGAGAUAAGCUUCUGGUUGAAUUUAGAAAGAGCUUUGUUGAGAAUCCAGGAAAUUCGUGAAUCGCCAGAAAUAUCAAUCUCGCUUGAUAUACUUAAACAUGGGAAGAGGUUUCAUGCGACUGUUAGUUUUGAUACUGACACAGGUUUGAAGCAAGCAUUGGAUAAAGUGAACGACUACAAUCCACUUAUGAAGGAUUUUCCUCUCAAUGAUUUGCUAUCUGCUACUGAACUUCAUAAAAUAAGACAAGCAUUAAUUGGCAUCUUUACCCACAUGAGGAAAAUCCGUAACUGUCAAUAUUAUCCGAUUCAACGUGCAUUGAGUUUGAUUGAAGCAAUAUCAAGGGAUUUGAUGAUUCAGUUAUUCAAGGUUCUCGGCAACCAACGCUUGAUGCAUAUUUCGUUCGAUGAGUUCGAAAAAGUCAUGAUCGCGACAUUUGAUGUUUUUGCUACAUGGGAUGACGAAUAUGAAAAACUUCAGGGUUUACUGCGAGACAUCUCCAAGAAGAGGAGAGAUGAACACAAGAAGAUGACGUGGAGAUUAAGUCCAGCGCACAAGAAGAUUCAAGCUAGGUUGGAUCAAAUGCGCAAGUUCCGUCGUCAGCAUGAACAACUAAGGAACGUCAUCCUUCGUGUUUUGCGUCCACAACAAAACGCUUCAUCUGAAAACAACGAUGCUGCUAAGAAGAUGACAUUAUCAUUGGUUGAAACAAACGAAGCGAAUGCGAUCGAUGAAGUGAACCUUGCUUAUGAUAAUGUUAAGCAGAUAGAUUGUUUGGAUGUGGCUAAAGAAGGAAUUGAGAUCUGGGAUGAAGCAAUACGUAGAUACAAUGAAAGGAUUGACCGAGUGGAGACUCGCAUCACAGCAAGACUUAGAGAUCAGCUUGGUAUCGCAAAGAACGCGAAUGAGAUGUUCAGAAUAUUCUCACGGUUCAAUGCGUUAUUUGUUCGACCUCAUAUUCGAGGGGCAAUCAGGGAGUACCAGACCCAGCUGAUUCAAAGGGUGAAGGAUGAUAUUGAAACUCUUCAUGAGAAGUUUAAACAUCAGUACAUUGGGAGCAAAGAGGAAGUGAUGUCGAAGAGCCGAGAUCUUCCCCCAGUAGCCGGGUCCAUUAUAUGGGCGCGACAGAUCGAACGACAGCUUUCAGCUUACAUGAAGAGAGUGGAAGAUGUCCUAGGGAAAGGUUGGGAGAAUCAUGUUGAAGGACAAAAGUUGAAACAAGAUGGCGACAAUUUCCGUAAUAAGUUGGACACAAAACCUAUAUUUGAUGACUGGGUGCAAAAGGUCACCCAACGUAACAUAUCAGUAAGUGGUCACAUAUUUGUCAUUGAAUCAACAAGAGCUACGAGGCUGGCCAGAGAUGACGGACUAAAGCUGCUCAAACUUAAAGUUAACUUCCAGCCAGAAAUAAUAACAUUGGCGAAAGAAGUUCGAAACAUGAAGUGGUUGGGCUUCCGUGUUCCGCUGUCUAUUGUCAACAAAGCUCAUCAGGCCAACCAGUUAUACCCGUUUGCCAUUUCCUUGAUGGAGUCAGUACGUACAUUUGAGAGCGUUCUUCGUAAAAUAGACAUGCGACCUAACAUUGCAAUGUUGGUGGCUCAUCUGAGGAAAGAACUUCAUGCGACUAUUAUGGAAGGUGUGCAGUUAGUAUGGGAGUCGUACAAACUUGAUCCUUAUGUACAAAAGUUUGCUGAGCACGUGUUCAACUUUGAGGAACGUGUUGAAGAUCUUCUCGAGAUGGAUUCAGCCAUUUCGAAUGAAACAAGAUUGUUGGAUACUUGUCAUUAUGGAUAUCAAGCUUUUGCUGAAAUCAUUGGUCACAUCCAGAAGUUUGUUGAUGAUUUGAACCUUCAAUCUUACUCCAACCUUGCACUGUGGGUGAAGAACCUGGAUGAAAGUGUGGAGAAAAAGUUGGCUGAAAGAUUGGAGGCUGCGUUGAAUGCUUGGAUCAUGGCUUUGUGCAAGAAGGAUGUGAAAGCUGAUGGUGAACAAACUGAGGAAACAGACGUGCUUAAAAUACAGUUUGGCGGUGAUCCCAAACAAAAACAACUUGUGUUUGAAAUGAGAGUGAAGAACCAAGUGAUAUACGCACAUCCCAAUACUAAUAUGGUGCUUAAGGAACUGAUCCAUGAUUUGCAUGCAUGGCAAAACAACGUUCUUAGAUUACCACGGAUAUUGAGCACAAGAUACCAGGUUGGAGUUGAACAACGUGUCACAGAUAAGGAAUUAUAUUAUCGUGAAUGUUUAACAAAGAUGCCGUCGGGCCCGAUUCCAUUGAACCGAUGUUUUGAAGCAAUUCAAGGAUUGUAUACAAAGGUAUCAGAUUAUGUGAAGCAGUGGUUACAAUACCAGAACCUGUGGGAUCUUCAAUCUGAACGUUUGUAUGAGAAGCUUGGUAAUAACAUCAACACCUGGCAGGAACUUUUGGUCGAAAUUCGUAGACGGCGUGCAACAUUUGAUACGCUGGAAAACUGUAAACAUUUCGGCCCCAUUGUUAUUGAGUAUGGUAAGGUUCAAGCAAAAGUCAACCUUAAAUAUGAUUCGUGGCAUAAAGAUGUGCUGUCAAGGUUUGGACAUCUUAUUGGGCAGGAAAUGGCAACCUUCCAUGGCAAGAUUGGAAAAUCUCGUAGCGAGCUUGAACAAUCAUCUAUAGAUACUUCAAACACCUCAGAUGCUGUGUCUGUUAUCACUAAUGUACAAGCUCUUAAACGUAAUAUGAAGACAUGGGAAAAGCAGGUUGACACCUACAGAGAAGGCCAGCGAUUAUUGGAGAAACAUAGAUACCAGUUUCCCCCAUCAUGGCUGCAUGUAGAAAACAUAGAAGGUGAAUGGACGGCGUUUCAGGAUAUUAUGAAGAGAAAAGAAGUUUCAAUACAAAACCAAGUCGCGAGUCUUCAAAUGAAAAUUGUUUCAGAAGAUAGAGUUGUGGAACAAAGAUCAAGCGAGUUGCUGUCAGAUUGGGAUCGUGGAAAGCCGGUUGGUGGAAGCCUGAAUCCAGAAGAUGCUUUGAAGUCACUCGCGAUAUUUGAAGGCAAGUUUCAACGCUUGCAAGAUGAUAGAAGUAACUUGAUGAAAGCAAAGGAAGCAUUGGAACUCACAGAUGGUGGUGUAAGCCCAUCAGAAGAAAGAGUGCAGGUUGCUGUUGAGGAACUCACAGACUUAAAAGAAGUUUGGAGCGAAUUAUCUAAAGUUUGGGAAGGAAUUGAGCAAGUGAAGGACCAACCAUGGUUGUCUGUCAACCCUAGGAAGUUACGACAAGCACUUGAAACGCAUAUGGAGCAAAUGAAGGCUUUCCCUGCAAGGUUGCGUCAAUAUUCAUCAUACGAACAUAUUAACAAGACUAUAAAGAGUUAUCUCAAGGUAAACUGGAUGGUGGUUGAAUUGAAAGGGAGUUCUGUUAAAGAAAGGCAUUGGAAGCAACUGAUGAAACAAAUGAGAGUGGCUUGGGUGCUUAAUGAUCUUACAUUGGGACAGGUGUGGGGGAUAGAUUUAUUAAAGAACGAACAAAUAGUGCGUGAUGUGUUAAUGGUAGCACAAGGUGAGAUGGCACUGGAGCAAUAUCUUUCCCAGGUGCGCGAGCAAUGGCAAUCUUAUGAACUUGAAUUGAUCAACUACCAAAAUAAAUGUCGGUUGAUUCGUGGUUGGGAUGAGUUAUUCACUAAAGUAAAAGAUCAUAUCAACUCUGUAAUGGCUAUGAAGCUAAGUCCUUACUACAAGGUAUUUGAGGAGGAGGCAUCAGCUUGGGAGGAAAAAUUGAACCGAAUUCUUGCUUUGUUUGACGUGUGGAUUGAUGUUCAAAGAAGGUGGGUAUAUCUUGAAGGCAUAUUCAGUGGUAGUGCUGACAUACCCCACCUGCUACCAGUGGAAUCGCAGAGGUUUGCUUCCAUUUCUUCAGAGUUUCUGCAGCUCAUGAAAAAGGUCGCUCGUUCCCCCUAUGUGCUUGAUGUACUAAACAUACCCGGCAACCAACGAUCAUUAGAACGACUUGCUGAUCUGUUGGGUAAAGUUCAAAAAGCUCUUGGAGAAUAUUUGGAAAGAGAGCGAUCAUCUUUCCCAAGAUUUUACUUUGUUGGAGAUGAAGAUUUACUUGAGAUCAUCGGGAACAGCAAAAGUAUUCCGAAACUUCAAAAACAUUUCAAGAAGAUGUUCGCCGGUAUCACCACGUUACAACUGGAAGAUGAUGAUUCGCUGGUGACGGGAAUAUCCUCCAAGGAAGCUGAGGAAGUUGAAUACAAGACACCAGUCAACAUUGCCAAGAAUCCCAAGAUUAAUGAAUGGCUUGCGUUGGUUGAGAAGGAAAUGAAGGAAACUCUCGCCAAACUACUUUCUUCAUCUGUCAAUCAUCUGUUUGCUUUCAGCGACGAUGAAGUAAACCACACCAAAUACAUGGAGUGGAUGGACAGCUACCAGGGACAGAUUGUUAUUCUAUCGGCUCAGAUAGCUUGGUCCGAAGCUUUGGAGAAAGUUCUUCAUUCGAACAGUAUCCCUGAAAAUAUCAACAAGGUUCUACUUGGUGUAGAAGACACAUUGAAUGUCCUUGCUAACUCUGUGUUGCAUGAACAACCUGCUGUGAGAAGAAAGAAGUUGGAACAUCUUAUAACUGAGUUAGUUCAUCAGCGAGAUACUACUCGUGUGCUUGCUAAUGCGAAAAUAUCCAGUCCUCGAGACUUCUUAUGGUUAAUGCAAAUGCGAUUCUACUACGAUCCACGACAAACUGAUGUUUUCCACCAACUUAGCAUACACAUGGCUAAUGCUUCGUUCCAAUAUGGGUUUGAAUACCUUGGUGUUCAAGACAAGCUGGUACAGACACCUCUCACUGAUAGGUGCUACCUUACCAUGACACAAGCUCUAGAAGGUAGAUUGGGUGGUUCACCAUUUGGACCGGCUGGCACGGGGAAAACUGAGACAGUGAAGGCUCUUGGGAACCAACUUGGUCGUUUCGUCUUGGUGUUUAAUUGUGAUGAGACAUUUGAUUUUCAGGCAAUGGGUCGCAUAUUUGUCGGGCUCUGCCAAGUCGGUGCAUGGGGUUGUUUUGACGAGUUCAACCGACUUGAAGAGCGAAUGUUGUCGGCUGUGUCGCAACAAAUCCAACUUAUACAAGAAGCACUGAGACUUCACUCGGAUCCUGACAGAGAUAAGAGCAAACCUGUUCAUGCUGAAUUACUUGGUAAACAAGUUAAAGUGAGCUCGGAGAUGGCAAUAUUCAUCACUAUGAACCCUGGUUAUGCUGGCCGCUCUAACUUGCCCGAUAACUUGAAGAAAUUGUUCCGAUCACUGGCGAUGACGAAACCUGACAGGCAACUUAUUGCACAAGUUAUGCUGUAUUCACAAGGGUUCAGAACAGCUGAGAAGUUGGCCAGCAAAGUGGUUCCCUUGUUCAAGUUAUGCAGUGAACAACUAAGCAGUCAAUCCCAUUAUGAGUUUGGUCUUCGUGCGCUCAAGUAUGUUCUUGUGUCGGCGGGUUUCGUAAAACGUGAUCGAAUACAAGAAGUGAAGAGAAUCAAGCGGGAGAACGGGGAAGAGGUGAAUGAAGCAGCCAUCGCUGAAAGUCUUCCUGAGCAAGAGAUUCUAAUUCAGAGCAUCAUGGAGACAAUGUUGCCCAAACUUGUGGCUGAAGACAUCCCAUUGCUACACAGCCUUCUUAGUGAUGUCUUCCCCAAUAUCUGCUUCAGACAAGAGAAGAUGGAGUCUUUGAGGAAAGAAAUCAAAGAAGUUUGUAAAGAGAUGUUCCUUGUGUAUGGGGAAGAUGGGGAAACAGGAAGUGCAUGGGUGGAUAAAGUGAUCCAACUCUACCAAGUAUCUCUCAUCAACCAUGGCUUGAUGAUGGUGGGACCAAGUGGAUCGGGUAAAUCAAUGGCUUGGAAAGUUUUACUGAAAGCUCUUGAACGAUUGGAAGGAAUUGAAGGUGUUUCGUAUAUCAUUGAUCCUAAAGCUGUCACCAAGGAGCAAUUGUACGGCACCCUUGACCCGAACACACGCGAGUGGACCGAUGGUUUGUUCACCUCCAUAUUAAGGCAAGUCAUAGAUAACGUGCGAGGGGAGUUGGGACGACGACACUGGAUCAUAUUCGAUGGGGACGUUGACCCCGAGUGGGUGGAGAAUCUUAACUCCGUGUUGGACGAUAAUCAACUGCUGACUUUACCUAAUGGUGAAAGAUUAGCGUUGCCUCCAUGUGUGAGAGUUAUGUUUGAAGUGCAGGAUUUGAAAUACGCUACAUUAGCGACCGUAUCACGAUGUGGUAUGCUGUGGUUCUCACCAGAUAUUGUUAGCACCGAUAUGUUGUUCCAUAAUUACUUGGAUCGAUUACGUUCAACACCGCUCGACCAAACUGAGAGUGAAUUGGUCGGUGUAAACACCAUGUUUCAGGACAAAGAAAAAUCGGAAGAUGUAACUUCACCAAACAUGAAAGUACAGAAAGAUUGUUGCGACGUGAUUCUACCUUUCCUGUCGGCUGAUGGAUUGGUUAUUAAUUCCUUGUUGUUUGCUGAGAAUCAGGUCAGUUGUGGAUGUUAUGUAUUACUUAGGGUAAGUGUAAUACAUUCAAGUAAUAUUUCAAUUCAGCCAUCUGUAUUGGAGAAGUACAUGCAGAAAUACAUUCUAUAUUCCAUCUUAUGGUCAUUUGCUGGGGAUGGAAAACUUAAGAUUAGAGAAGAACUUGCUCAAUAUAUUAAACGCUCAACUAAUAUAACAUUACCAACUCAACAUAAUAUGGAUAUCAUUGAUUUUGAGGUAUCAAUGAAUGGCGAAUGGAGUCCAUGGAUCAACAAGGUUCCGCAAGUUGAAGUUGAAACACACAAAGUUGCCGCACCUGAUGUAGUGGUACCAACAUUAGAUACAGUUCGUCACGAGGCUUUACUUUAUACUUGGCUAGCUGAACAUAAACCAAUGAUAUUGUGUGGACCACCAGGUUCUGGUAAAACCAUGACUUUGUUCUCCGCGUUACGAGCUUUACCGGACAUGGAGGUUGUUGGUUUGAACUUCUCCAGCGCAACAACACCUGAGUUAUUGCUUAAAACAUUUGAUCAUUAUUGUGAAUACAAAUGGACACCCCGUGGAACUGUACUCGCACCAAUCCAACUAAACAAGUGGCUUGUGUUGUUCUGCGAUGAAAUCAACUUACCAGACAUGGAUAAAUACGGAACACAACGAGUUAUUUCAUUCCUGAGACAGAUGGUUGAACAUGGUGGAUUCUAUCGGACUUCGGAUCGUACCUGGAUCAAAUUAGAACGAAUACAAAUAGUAGGGGCUUGCAACCCACCCACUGACCCUGGGAGGAAACCUUUAUCUCACAGAUUCUUACGCCACAUACCUGUUGUAUACGUUGACCACCCUGGCCCUGCUUCACUCAAGCAAAUCUACAGCACAUUCAACCGUGCCAUGUUACGUAUGGUGCCUUCAUUAAGGCCUUAUGUGGAUCCAUUGACCAACGCUAUGGUGGAAUUCUAUGUGAUGUCUCAGGACCGUUUUACUCAGGACAUGCAGCCGCAUUAUAUUUACUCGCCUCGUGAAAUGUCACGUUGGGUACGAGGUAUUUGUGAAGCUUUGCGUCACCUCGAAACACUGGCUGUGGAAGGUCUGGUUAGAAUAUGGGCCCAUGAAGGGUUGCGUUUGUUUCAGGACCGUCUUGUAUACAAUGAAGAGAGACAAUGGGCAGAUGAAAACAUUGAUAUGAUUGCAUUGAAACACUUUCCAAAUAUAACAAAGGAAAUUGCAUUGAAGAGGCCAAUACUAUACAGCAACUGGUUAAGCAAAGAUUAUGUUCCUGUUGAUAUUGAAGAGUUGAGAGAAUUCACAAAAGCAAGACUGAAGGUGUUUUAUGAGGAGGAAUUAGACGUACCCCUCGUCCUGUUCAACGAGGUCCUUGAUAAUGUUCUUCGUAUCGACCGAAUAUUCCGCCAACCACAAGGUCAUUUAUUGUUGAUCGGUGUUUCUGGCUCCGGCAAAACAACUUUGUCGAGAUUUGUGGCUUGGAUGAAUGGAUUGAAGGUGUUCCAGAUCAAGGUCCAUCGUAAAUACACGGGGCUUGAAUUUGAUGAAGAUCUUCGUAACGUCCUCCGGAGGUCCGGAUGCAAGGGAGAGCGCAUUGUGUUUAUCAUGGAUGAAUCAAACGUCCUCGACUCGUCUUUCCUCGAGAGGAUGAAUACGCUCCUCGCAAACGGGGAGGUUCCGGGAUUAUUCGAAGGAGAUGAUUACGCUGCGUUGAUGACGCAAUGCAAGGAAGGAGCUCAAAGGGAGGGUUUGAUGCUAGACAGUCAGGAGGAAUUAUAUAAAUGGUUCACGGGUGAAGUGAUGAAGAACCUGCAUGUUGUGUUUACGAUGAAUCCAUCAGAAGAAGGAUUGAAGGACAGAGCUGCAACUUCACCCGCUUUGUUUAACAGAUGUGUCCUCAAUUGGUUUGGAGAUUGGUCAAUUGAUGCUUUAUUUCAAGUUGGAAAGGAAUUUACUUCCAAGAUAGAUUUGGAGAAUUCUCAAUACACAGCUCCUGAAUAUCUACCAGUUGUUUGUAGCAAGUUACCAAGCAUGCCAACACACAGAGAUGUAGUGGUGAAUGCAUGCGUAUUCAUUCAUCAAACCUUGCAUAAUGCAAACAAGAAACUUAGCAAGCGAGGUGCGCGGACCAUACUAAUAUCACCGAGGUCAUACCUUGACUUGAUCAACCAUUACGCAAAGCUAAUGCAGGAGAAGAAGGCAGACCUCGAAGAACAACAGAUUCACCUGAACGUUGGUUUGAGAAAAAUAUCGGAAACGGUCGAUCAAGUUGAAGAUUUGCGUAAGGAGUUAUCACAGAAGAACACGGCGUUGCAGUUUAAGAAUAACUUAGCAAACGAUAAACUUAAGCAAGUUGUUCACGAUCAACAGGAAGCUGAAAAUAAGAAGAAAACAUCGAGACAGAUAAGAGCACAACUGACUGAGCUUAACCAGCAUAUAAAGGAAGAGACAAGCAAAGUAAUGGAUGAAUUAUCGAAGGUUGAACCCGCUGUCCAGGAUGCUAAGGCUGCUGUUCGUUCAAUCAAGAAACAACAUUUGGUUGAAAUCAGAUCAAUGGCCAACCCCCCUUCAGGGGUAAAAUUAUGUUUGGAGUCGAUAUGUUUGUUGCUUGGUGAGAAUACAACUGAUUGGAAAUCAAUUCGUCAAAUUAUUAUUCGUGAUAAUUUCAUUUCCACGAUCAUCAACUUUCAAACUGAUGACAUCAGCGAUUAUACAAGAAAGGUUAUGAAUGACAGGUACAUUUCGAACCCAAGUUACAAAUAUGAGACGAUAAACCGUGCAAGUUUGGCGUGUGGGCCCCUCGUCAAAUGGGCGAUCGCUCAGUUACAAUAUGCUGAUAUGUUGCAACGUGUGGAACCUCUUCGUGGCGAGUUACGAACGUUGGAACAAAAAGCAAUCAAUAAUCAAAGUGAAGCUGAGGAAGUUGAGGUGCUCAUCUCAGAUCUUGAACAUUCAAUUAAAAGAUACACUGAAGAAUAUGCUUUGCUUGUGAGUGAAGCUCAGGCCAUCAAGCAAGAGUUAAUCGCAGUUGAAGCGAAAGUUACUCGAAGUACAAGCCUCCUACAAAGUUUGGGGCAAGAACAGGGAAGAUGGGAACAAACAAGUGAAUCUUUCAAAAGCCAGAUGUCCACCAUGCCUGGUGAUUGUUUAUUAUCUGCUGCUUUUAUCUCAUAUGCUGGUUACUUUGACCAAUCCAUGCGUCAAACCUUGUUCUUAACAUGGGUGGCCCAUCUUCAACAAGCGGGGAUUGAGUUCCGUCACGAUUUGGCUCGAGUUGAAUAUUUAUCGAGCGUGGAAGAGCGAAUGCAGUGGCAGCAAAACUCACUCCCUGUGGAUGAUCUGUGUAUUGAGAACGCUAUAAUGCUGAAGCGUUUCAACCGUUACCCCUUGAUAAUCGAUCCAUCUGGGCAAGCAACUGAAUACAUCAUGAAACAAUUCGCUUCGCAUAAAAUAUCACAAACCUCAUUCUUGGACAACGCGUUUCGUAAAAACCUUGAAAGUUCGUUGAGGUUUGGGAACCCAUUGUUGGUGCAAGAUGUGGAAAGUUAUGAUCCGAUCUUGAACCCUGUGUUGAAUCGUGAGCUUCGGCGAACGGGAGGUCGUGUUCUGAUCACGAUCGGCGACCAGGACAUUGACCUUUCACCUGCGUUCACGAUAUUCCUCACCACGCGCGACCCAACAGCAGAGUUUCCCCCCGACCUCUGCUCACGUGUUACGUUCAUUAACUUUACCAUAACACGAGGAUCGCUUCAAGCUCAGUGUUUAAACCAAGUGUUGAGAGCUGAGAGACCAGACGUGGAUCUUAAGCGAUCGGACUUGCUCAAACUACAGGGUGAAUAUCAAUCACGGUUGCGACAUUUGGAAAAAUCUUUGCUCCAAACGUUGAAUGAAGUAAAAGGGCGAAUAUUAGAUGAUGAUCGAAUUAUUACCGCGCUUGAAACAUUGAAGAAGGAAGCUGCAGAGGUUCAAUGCAAAGUAGAAGAGACCGAUGUUGUUAUGCAAGAAGUGGAAAAUGUUUCGAACCAAUAUCUCCCGCUUGCUUCCGCUUGUUCUGCUAUUUACUUUACACUGGAAUCCUUGUCUCAACUACAUUUCCUAUACCAGUAUUCCCUUCGUUUCUUCCUUGACGUUUACCACUCCGUACUUUGUGAGAAUGAUCAACUGGACAAAACUGAAGGAUAUGAGAAGAGACUUUCUAUUAUUACAAGUUCAUUGUUUCAGGUUGUUUUCAACCAAGUAUCGAGAUCAUUACUCCACGAUGAUAGAAGCAUGUUCGCUAUCUUACUAACGAGGAUAUAUCUACGUGGGUUCAACCCGGACGAUGUAAUGCAAAGUGAAUACGACCACUUUCUAAGAGGACAAGAAGUCACUGUUCACCAAAAUGAUGUGAGACCAAUGAUCAAGUCACUGACCAACCUUUCCAACGAACAAAUGCAAAACUUUGAAAGACUUUCUCGCAUUGAAGGAUUUAAGGACUUACCCGAGAAAAUUCUGAAUUCAAAAGAUGAGUUUGAGCUUUGGUUGAAAAGUGGAUCUCCUGAAACACAGCUUGCUAUGAUAUGGAACGGCUCGCAAAAAACUGACGGUCGAGUUCGUCUCAACCUUCAAUCCUUGCUGAUCGUUCAAGCGUUACGACCCGACCGAGUUUUAGCUUCAGCCGAGUUUUAUAUUCGAUCCGUGCUUGGAGAUUCAUUUCUCCACGAAAGCGAGGAAGAUCUUCAUCUUUCCGACAUCGUGCUUCACCAGAUUAAGGCUGUUGAGCCAAUAAUGAUGUGUUCACUACCUGGUUACGAUGCAAGCAACAGGGUAGACGACCUUGCUGUUCAACUUAAUAAACAAAUCACGUCAAUUGCCAUCGGCUCCAGUGAAGGUUUUGAUCUGGCUGAAAAAUCCAUCAACUCUGCCUCAAGAUCCGGACGUUGGGUUUUAUUGAAGAAUGUCCAUCUUGCCCCAGCAUGGUUGGUCCAACUAGAGAAGAAGUUACACACCCUGCAACCUCACGCCUCGUUCAGGUUGUUUCUUACAAUGGAAAUAUCACCACAGAUUCCGGUUAAUCUGCUUCGAGCUGGGCGUGUAUUUGUAUUCGAGCCACCUCCAGGGGUGCGUGCUAAUCUCGUGUCAACUUUCAACCGUAUCGCUACAGCUAACCGAAUGCAUAAACCACCUACCGAGAGAGGACGCUUGUAUUUCUUGCUAGCCUGGUUUCAUGCUGUUGUGCAAGAACGACUACGAUAUGCCCCGCUGGGGUGGAGCAAAAAGUACGAGUUUAAUGAUUCUGACUUGAGGUGCGCAUGUGACACCAUCGACACAUGGAUCGACAUGGUAGGGAAGGGCAGGGAUAACAUUCCACCUGACAAGAUACCAUGGAAUGCUCUACAAACCUUAUUCUCACAAGCUGUAUACGGGGGACGAGUGGACAAUGAGUUUGAUCAAAGAUUGUUGAAUACUUUCCUACAAAAUAUAUUCACAUCGUCAAGUUUCGAACACGACUUUGAGUUGGUGAAGGAGUGCGAUGGAAUCGGUUCGAUCAACAUACCGAGCUCAGCAAUUCACCAACAAGAGUUUAUGAACUGGGUGAACCAACUACCCGAUGUUCAAACCCCAUCGUGGCUUGGAUUGCCAAACAACGCUGAAAAGUUGCUUCUCACUAACAGAGGCCAAACAAUGAUCCGUCAGUUACUCCGUACACAACUUAUAGAUGAAGACGAGGAUAUGGCAUAUCAACAGGUUGACAAUGAGAAGAGAUCCCGAGUCUCCUCGCUAAAGGAAAGUGAUGGACGCCCACAAUGGAUGCUUAGCUUGUUAAGCAGCGCUUCGAAAUGGAAGUCGAUCAUACCAUCGUCAUUGCAGAUGUUAAGCAGAACAACGGACAAUAUUAAGGAUCCGCUGUUCAGAUUCUUUGAACGAGAAGUUUCAUUGGGCGUUCGUUUGUUAAGCAUCGUUCAGUUUGAUCUCAAUGAAGUGAUUGAGGUUUGCCAAUCACAUAAAAAACAAACUAACUACCACCGUUCACUUAUCGCUACAUUGAACAAGGGAAUGUUACCUGAAGCAUGGAACAGAUACAAGGUUCCUUCAGGUUGGACAGUUAUUCAAUGGAUAACCGACUUCAGUGAAAGAAUUAAACAACUCAAAGUUGCUACCGAUGCGAGUGCUAAGAACAGAUUGAAGAACUUAUCAGUAUGGCUUGGUGGUUUGUUUGUACCAGAAGCUUACAUCACAGCAACUCGACAAUACGUUGCACAAGCCACUAAUCAUUCAUUGGAAGAAUUAUCGUUGAGUGUUAAAGUGUCUGAUGGGAGCGACACUCAACUCGAUAACAGCACGUUUGCAUUGUCAGGUUUGAUUUUGCAAGGAGCGUGUUGCAACAAUAACCGGCUAUCUGUAUCAAGUGAUAUUUCAAACAAGCUUCCACUUAUUUACAUAUCAUGGCAACAUGUGCCUGGCAAGCAAAGGAAGUUGAACAACCAGGUCCUGUUACCAGUGUAUAGGAAUGGUAUGAGAUUGGAUUUACUUUUCACAUUGAAGUUUGAGAUCAUUGGAGCUGAGACAAUGUUCUAUGAGAGAGGGGUUGCGAUACUUAGUGCUGAUUAAUUCAACGGUUGAUGUAUAUUGAUGUAGUCAUGUAAUAACUAAUUGUUAAUAGUGGUGUUCAAACUAAUUUGGUAAUAUAUGUAAUAAAUGGACAAUGUAGCAUGCA